AAAGCACCAGCAUAUCAGAAACUCUUAAAUGUAACAAGUUUAAAUCCGUGUUUCACUUCAACUUUGGAUCAAAACAAGAGCCAACACAACUCAAGAACCUUCACAUCUUUGCCAUCAUCAUAUAAAACAGGAACUUGCAUAAGGAAAAGAAAAGAAAAUUAAAUUGUCUGUCCCACUUUAAAAUCAGGCAAUGACAUAAAAGCAGUAACCCUAACAUUUAUAUGGUUCUUGUUAUGUGCCAGACACUGUUCUGAGAGCUUUACACACACUAGCUCACUUGUUCCUCACAGCAACCCUACCAGGAGGUAUCAUCAUUAACUCUGUUUCACAUCUGGGAAACCUGAGGCACAGAGGUUAAGGGACUCGCCCAAAUUAUACAAGCCAGUAAGCAGUGUGACUGGACUCACAGCCAGGCUGGUGGGCUCUGCUGCCUGGUCGUAACACUACCCUGUAACUGCUCCUGAAGUUGCUAGACGCCAAAAAUGUGAGUAGCUGUGAUUCUCAGGGGUGGUGGUGAUGGCCAGUGAUUUGAGAGGGUUUUUGGUGGUAGGAGAGAGGCAAUGUAUCUGAACUGUAAGAUAAACUGGCACAGCACAAUCUUAGAGUGAAAACCUACUAACGCUAGAUUGUCUCUCUCUCUAGAAAGCGGUAGCACUCCCUCAGUCUGGACUCGCUGUACAAACUCAAGGCUGGGCUGUGAAAGGAGCCCACGUUCCUGCCUACUAGCCGCGUUUCUGGAUUUUUCGACAUCCCAUCUAAUCUGGGGACCUUAUGAACAUCUGUAAAAAACAGUUCCCAUAUACUGUUCAGGACCCAACAUUUCCCCACUUUUGCCAGACAGUGCUGAAAGGAAUCACUCUUGAAAGCAAAUUAGAGAAAGAUCUAGUAUGCAAUAUAGGCAUUUUCCAACAUAAGAACAUGAUUCAAACUCAUAAAUGAUUUUUAUAAAAUAACAGAUCCUGCCACCCUCUCCACAUUCCCCACCCAAUUUUAAGAGUCUCAUCUAAAGGCAGAGAGGUGCUAUGGGGAUCUGACUGGUCAGAACUCAGUGAUCUAUUAUUCAACAGUAUUUACUAAGCACCUAUAAUAUACUAGGCACAGUUUAGCCUCUAAAGAAAGGUACAAUGGUGAGCAAAAUGGAUACAGUCCUUACACUCAUGGAGCUUACAGGGCUUCAAAAAUAACCACAUGAGUAAAUGUAAAAUUACAACUGUGAAAAGAGCUGCAGAGAAAAAGAAAUACAGGAAAGCCUAUAAUAAGGGACUUGAGUGAUUGGAAGGCUUCCCUAGGGAAGUGAUGACUCAACUGAGAGCUGAAGAACAAGCGGGAAUUAACCAGAUCUCCCGAUGACCGGGUGCAGCCCUGUGAUCGCCAUGCAGCACCUUGUGGGUGUGUCCCCCGUAUUGAUGCGGAGAGGCCUCCUUGGAAGGGACCUCCCUAUGACCAGGACUCUCUGCAGCCCAGGCCCCAGCCAGCCCAGAGAGAAAAGACCUGAGGAGGUGGCCCUCGGGCUGUACCACCGCCUCACAGCGCUGGGAGGAGUCCUGGGGCACAGCAUUCAGCAACGAGCGUCCUCCACAGCCAAGACUUGGUGGGAUAGAUAUGAAGAGUUUGUUGGACUCAAUGAAGUUCGAGAGGCCCAGGGAAACGUGACUGAGGCAGAAAAAGUGUUCAUGGUGGCUCGAGGGCUUGUCCGAGAGGCUCGGGAGGACUUGGAAGGUCAGCAGGCCAAGCUGAAGGAGGUGCGGGACCGUUUGGAUCGAAUCUCCAGAGAUGAUAACCAGUACCUGGAACUGGCUACUCUGGAGCACAGGAUGCUGCAGGAGGAGAAGAAGCUUCGCGUGACCUAUCUGCGUGCCGAAGACUCUGAGCGAGAGAAGUUCUCCCUCUUCUCUGCGGCUGUGCGGGAAAGUCAUGAGAAGGAGCGUGCUCGGGCCGAGAGGACCAAGAAUUGGUCCCUUAUCGGGUCAGUCCUGGGGGCCCUGAUUGGCGUGGCUGGCUCCACCUACGUCAACCGUGUGCGGCUGCAGGAGCUGAAGUCCUUGCUUCUGGAGGCUCAGAAAGGGCCUGUGAGCCUCCAGGAGGCCAUCCGAGAACAGGCAUCCAGCUACUCCCUCCAGCAGAAGGACCUCCACGACCUUAUGGUGGACCUGAGGGGCCUGGUGCGAGCUGGGCCUGGGCAGAGUUCUUUGUCCCAGGCAGGUACUUCCCCCACUCAAGACAGAGACGUAGAUGUCCUUUCAGCUGCCUUGAAAGAGCAGCUUAGCCAUUCCAAGCAGGUCCAUUCAUGUCUAGAGGGUUUACGAGAGCGGCUUGAUGGCCUGGAAAAGACUUUGAGCCAAAUGGCUGGGGUGGUUCAGCUUGCAAACGCUGCAGCACACCCAGGCCUGGAGGAGCCAGGAGACGGGGCUCUGCCCGGCUCCUUGCUGGAACGGGGGAGCAUGAUCUUGGCACUGUCGGACACGGAGCAGAGGCUAGAAGCCCAGGUCAACAGAAACACCAUCUGUGGCACGCUGGUCACCUGUGUGACAUUUGUGGCCAUCCUGCCUAUGCUUUACAUGCUGUUCAGGGACAGCUAGCCCCUGGACCCUCCUCCAGAGGGUCUGAGGGAAUAGGUACAGAUGUGGAUUUAGUUAGAGAAUCCCAGCAAUGAAGUGAGCCUUUGCGGGUGCACUCAGCCUCAGCCUGAGUCUGAGCACUGUCUGUGUGGCUCACUAGCAGACAAACUUUGCUUUUUAGGCAACAAUCAUUUGCAUUAACUAUCACAAAUUUGUGCUAAUGUCUAAUGAAAAUGUCUUCGAGUUUGUAUUAUUUAAAGUAACUUAUCAGACUGAA